UUCCUUCACUUGCCAACUAAAUGAGCUCCAUCUGUCCCUGUUCCACACUCUCUCCAUCUCCCUCUCUCUCUCUUUCUUCUUCUCCCACAUUUGUUAUGUGUGUGAAGCAGAAGCUUCCGCCAUUGAUAUCACCAUAAAUGGUUUAGUUGUUUGGUGACUGUUGAUCCCGACUGCCCACUCUUCCAUCGACACAUGCCCACCACGAGAUGAGGACUACCAUAUUGCUCCCUCUCAGAUAACCCCCAUCAUCAUCAUCAUCAUCAUCAUUUCCAUCUUCUUCUCCUUCUUCUUCUUCUUCUUCUUCAAGGUGACUGGUAGCUGUAAGUGGGAAAAUGGAGAUAGAGUUGGCUGGGGGUGGAGGUGGCCAUGGCACGUAUUUGGUCUGGACGGAUCUGACGGUGGUGCUGCCCAACUUUGGGCAAGGACCCACCAAGAGGCUCUUACAGGGUCUUCAUGGUUAUGCGGAGCCUGGCAGGAUCAUGGCCAUUAUGGGUCCUUCUGGUUCUGGCAAAUCCACUCUUCUUGAUUCACUUGCAGGCAGACUCUCAAGAAAUGUGAUCAUGACUGGUAAUGUUCUUUUCAAUGGCAAGAAGAAGAGAUUAGACAAUGGUUUAGUUGCGUAUGUUACGCAAGAAGAUGUACUAUUGGGAACCCUAACAGUGAGAGAGACCUUAACAUACUCGGCCCACUUGAGGCUUCCUUCUAACAUGACAAAACAGGAUGUGAGUGACCUUGUGGAGGGUACCCUUAUGGAAUUAGGGCUUCAAGAAUGUGCAGAGAGACAGAUUGGGAACUGGCAUGCAAGAGGCAUAAGUGGUGGAGAGAAGAAGAGACUGAGUGUAGCCCUAGAAGUCCUCACAAGACCUCAUGUCUUGUUUCUUGAUGAACCCACCAGUGGACUUGACAGUGCUUCUGCCUUCUCUGUCAUUCAGACUCUCAGAAACAUUGCUAGGGAUGGUAGGGUUGUUAUCUCUUCCAUUCAUCAGCCCAGCAGCGAGGUUUUUGCCCUCUUCGAUGAUCUUUUCUUGCUCUCCUCCGGUGAGACUGUCUACUUCGGAGAAGCUAAGUCCGCCGUCCAGUUCUUUGCUGAGGCGGGUUUUCCGUGCCCGAGCAGAAGAAAUCCUUCUGAUCACUUUCUCAGAUGUAUAAAUUCGGAUUUUGAUGCUGUGACAGCCUCAUUGAGAGGAUCUCAAAGAAUACAUGAUGUUUCAACAUCCUCAGAUCCUCUGAUGAACAUGGCAACUGCAGAGAUUAGAGCCAGGCUUGUUGAGAAAUACAGGCGCUCAUCAUAUGCAAAAGAAACCAAAGCUCGAAUUAAAGAACUAUCAAGUAUCGAGGGACAGGAGAUCGAAGGAAAGUGCGGUAGCCAAGCGAGCUGGUGGAAGCAACUUUUAACUUUGACAAAAAGAUCAUUUGUGAACAUGUGUAGAGAUGUUGGAUACUAUUGGGCAAGAAUUGCAAUUUACAUGGUUGUUUCAGUUUGUGUUGGCACCAUUUUUUACGAUGUUGGCUAUAGCUAUACCGCGAUCUUAGCUCGAGUAGCUUGUGGUGCUUUCAUAACGGGUUUCAUGACAUUCAUGUCCAUCGGUGGCUUUCCCUCCUUCAUAGAAGAAAUGAAGGUAUUUUAUCGAGAAAGACUAAAUGGAUACUAUGGAGUUGCAGUAUUCAUCUUAUCAAAUUACAUAUCAUCAUUUCCAUUUUUGGUUGCGAUCUCGGUUAUUAGUGGAAGUAUAACAUUUUACAUGGUGAAAUUUCGAUCGGGAUUUCAACAUUACGUCUUCUUUUGCCUUAAUAUCUUUCUUUGCAUCUCCGUCAUAGAGAGUCUCAUGAUGGUUGUUGCUUCUCUUGUUCCGAAUUUCUUGAUGGGAAUUGUAACCGGAGCGGGAAUUAUUGUAAGAUCAACUUCUUGCAUCGGGUUUUUUCGAUUACUUCCUGAUCUUCCGAAGCCAUUUUGGCGGUACCCGAUUUCGUAUAUGAGUUACGGAUCAUGGGCAAUUCAGGCUGCAUACAAGAACGAUUUUAUAGGUCUCGAGUUUGAACCUCUCGUACCUGGAGAUCCGAAAUUGACAGGAGAAGAAGUGAUCAUAAAAAUAUUCGGAGUGACAGUAGAACAUUCCAAAUGGUGGGAUUUAGCCGCAAUCGCUCUCAUCCUCGUCUGCUAUCGCCUUCUCUUCUUCUUCAUUCUCAAAUUUAAAGAAACAGCUUUUCCAUUAUUUAAGUCAAUUUACGCGAAGCAAACAAUCAAACAACUCGACAAGAGACCUUCUUUCAGAAAAAUUCCAUCGCUGAUAUCCUCGAAGAGGCACCAACCUCUCCAUUCUUUGUCUUCGCAAGAAGGUCUUAACUCUCCCCUCCAUUAAUCUUAUAUUGUUUAUAAGAGAAUUUCCUAAGUGUGCUGCAAUUACUUAUACAAUUAUUGCAGUGCAAAUUUGUCUUGUACUUGUAUGUAUCUACUUUUGUAGCUUAAUUGAAACCAAUAUUGUUCAACA